GAAGUAAGGUGAGGUAUUUUUAUUGAGAAUUUGAAGUAUUUUUUAUUCCUUAGAGCGGUAGUAAAUAUUGUCACAUAAACUCUAAUUCCGCCAUGACUGUUAUUUGGCAAGAUGUUCAUCUUACUGCUGAAGCUUGGGCCGCCUUUGGUUUCACCUGUAGAUCUUAGAUUAGAUGACGUCAUUUCAAGACGUCUUUUGGUUGGCCAGCUGUGAACUUCAUGGAAAGGAGAAAACGUUAAAUAGCGUGAAAACUCAACAAAUUUUUAUAUUCUUCGGCGACAAUGAUAUCUGCGGUGAGCUUUUUUAUUUUCCUUACUUCGACGAUUCUCCAUAUCUUCGUCACCUCCGCUGCAUCUGGACCUAAUAUCUUAUUUGUUUUUGUGGAUGAUCUUGGAUGGAGUGAUGUAGGCUUCCAUGGUUCGAAAAUUCAAACCCCAAAUGUUGACAAAUUGGCUAAGGAAGGAGUAAUUCUAGAUAAUUACUACGUCCAACCUAUGUGCUCUCCAUCCAGAGGAGCAUUGAUGUCUGGAAAAUACCCGAUUCACCUUGGUUAGCAUGAUUUCAGUUUUCUGUGGAUUUUUGGCCAGUUUAACACUAUUACUCCUAAUAUAAAGCUGGGGGGGUGCGGCGAUAUUUCCUUCAGUUUCCCAUUACUAUUUUUCUAAAACAUCAUGUGACGACCAGUAUGUCACUUGCACCCUAGGGCUGGUCUGCAAUAAAUUCACCACCUGCUCAACAAAUGGUGAUUUCAGUUUUCAUACUAGAAACAAACAUAAGUACAUGUAUAGAAAUCCUUCCUUGAAGUGAAUGAUAGACAAACCGAAAGUUAAAAAGGGUGUGACAUUAAUCAUGAGCCAUCGUAGAUGUUAAUUGUUUUGGUACUUACAGUGAUAAGUUAAGCCCUUUGCAGUUUAUAAAUGUAGAUUUAGAUGGAAACAUAUAUUACAAACUCUAGAUAUUCUUUCUUGCACAUGGAAGUAUGUAAAAUUGAAAGUUGAUGAUUUAAAAAGCCCCAAUGUCGACAUGUAAUUUCUCCUUACUAUGAUUCAUACAAUCAUUGCAGACGUAGCUAGGAGAAUUCAAAUCGUGUAGAGGUAGAACAAUUAUUUCUUUGCAGGAAUGCAGCAUGGAGUCAUUCGUAGUGAGUCUCCAUUUGGUCUGCCGUUAAAUAUCACUACACUUCCCCAAAAGCUCAAGGAAGUUGGUAAGAAUUUGCUCUGUACUUACGAGUCCAACCUUCUCUUGAGAGUGAUAUAACAAUUCUGUUAAAAGUGAACUCUGUGUGACCUAAUGCUAUAAUUGUUUAUUCUGGGUUUGAGUGUGAAAUAGCGAUUUCGUAAAACUUUUGACAAUGAAAAUGAACAGUAAAACAAGACGUUUCGACCAAACUUUCGUCAUUUUCAAGUGAAUAGUAAGAAUGUCACGAUGAAUAUUUAUAUGCCUGUAAGAAGUGUAAAAUUUUUUGGAAAUGUAAACGGACAAUAAGAACAUAUAAAGAGAAGAAAUAAUCAAGACAUAACAUCAGCAGUCAAUUUCCACGAGAUUUUAAACCAGUGCUAUUCCUCUAUUAAGUUUACCUUGGAGACGGAGAGUAAAAGCAUGCUUCCUAUUUUGUUCCACUUCUCAACCGGGCACACAAAGAGUUGAUAUCUGGGCGCAUUGGCCAGCCAAGCCACCGUUUAUUUAACGCCAAAUCGAUAUGCUUACAAAAGUCUUUUACGAUUGAAGUAAACUAAAUGCACCAAAGCCGGACACGAAAACCCCAAAAAAACCAGCAGGUGGAAAAAACGGGGAACGUGUACCCUCAACCAAGGCAACGUGACAAUCUUACCAUUCACUUGAAAAUGGCCGAAGUUUGGUGGAAAUGUCGUGUUUUACCGUUCAUUUUUAUUGUCUUAAGUGUGGAAGCCUUUGAAUUUCAAACUCAAAACUGGGUUGUGUUUGAUACAUAUAGUUGUUUAUUGGUCAAUAGUUCAAUUCAAGCAACUGAUUAAUGACUUUGCCAACACAUUUCGUAGGUGGUAGAGUCAUUUGGAAGGUGAGGGGGGUGUAUGAUACACUAGCCAAGCUAAUCAGUUGGUGACAAUGCACAACAAGGCACUUGCUGAAAGAAAAAAACUUCUAGACCACAUCAUUUUGCUUAGCAUCAUCCCUUUGAAAUAAUUUGUGGAAAGAUAUACUAAUUUUUUACUGCAACAGAGGAAAUUUAUGUACCAGAACGUAGAGGUGCUCUGCCUCCCAAAUUGAAAUUGAUAGUGGUUAAAGCCCUUCCCUCCCUCCCCCCUCCUGUCCCCCUGGUUAUUCUACCUGUAGGUAUAUUUUGUUUGGAAAAUUUCCCCUUAAAACACUAAAGGGUUGCUCUUCUUGUUGUUGUUGUUAUUAUUUUUUUUUAGGAUACAGCACCCAUAUGGUAGGCAAGUGGCAUCUUGGUUUCUACAACUGGGACAGUACUCCUACCUACCGAGGCUUUGAUACCUUUUAUGGAUUUUACAAUGGCGAUGAGGAUCAUUACACACAUGUCGUUGACGAUUUUCUUGAUUUCAGAGACAAUGAAGAAAUUGUCAGGGAUAUGAAUGGGACAUACUCUGCUUAUGCUUUUACAGAGGUAAACCAUUUGUGUUUAAAAAGAAUGGCAAAAUGUUUGCAUUCAAAGGCACUUAACCCUUUAACUCCCAGAAGUGAUCAACAUGCAACUUCUCCCUAUAAUAUCCUUACAUUAUCCAGCAAACAGCUAAUGAGAAUAUUCAAACUUAUCAGGUAAAAGUUGUUGUCUUGAUCUAACACCAAGUUCUCAUUACUAAUUUACAAGGAUUUGUUUAGCAGCUGGAGGGGAGACUUACUAAUCAGAUCUUGUGAGUAAAAGGGUUAAUCAUAGAUAAGUUAGAUAAAAGAAUUUCUGAGUCUGCCCAACAAAAUCCGUGCAAUAAUUUUUUCAAAUUUGAUAAGUAUGUGUUUGUUGUUUUGCAAGUGCACCUGCAGUAAUCACUGCAUUUCUAUCUAUUUUUGAAAUGUUUGGUUUUUUGUAGUUUAUUCACAUGUAAUCUCUGUUUUUUUUCUUCACACUACAAGUUGAUUGAUUUUAGAUAUGAGCUACACUCAAGAAAGAAAGAUAAGCAUUAUUUUUAUCUUUAUCAUUAUCAAUUACCUUUGUUAUUGAUCAAUACUUUUUCAGCGAGCUGAGCAUGUCAUCAAAUCACAUGAUGCAUCAAAUGGUCCUCUUUUCCUUUACAUGGCAUUCCAAAAUGUCCACUCUCCAGUCCAAGCUCCUAAACAAUAUGUAGAUAAGUACUCCUUUAUAGACGACACAAUAAGACAGACUUAUGCUGGGAUGGUGGAUAUCAUGGAUGAAGCAGUUGGUAAUAUAACAGGUGCUUUUAAAGAAGCAGGGUAUGUGUGUAUAUCCUUUUUACCCUAAAUAGAGAGCAUUUCCAGUCAUAAUUCCCUUGACAAGGAAGGUCCUCAAGGGAGGGAAAAUUUAAAUAAUGGCAAGUAUCUGCCAGAGGGGUAUCACUUUCAGCUCCAGGGUUUAUGGAAUGUAACAUGUUAACACUUUGAGUCCAAAGAUCUAAUUGGUAAUUCUCCUUACAGUCAGCUAAACAGUUCUUGAGAUGUUGGUUUGGAGAACUUGAAAAAUUGGAUCAACUUAUAAUCCCCUAAUUAAUAUUUUUCUUUAUUCUCAUCACUUGUUUGCUUGAUAUUGUAUUUAUGUUGUAAGGAGAAAUUCUGUCUUGGUCACUCAUGGGAGUUAAAGGUUAAGGUACUGGAAAGGGUAAGCUUAGGUGUAGUGGAUGUGUUUACAAUGGUCCAAGGAUAGGUUAAACUUGUUCUUGAAAGAAAAACAAGCAAAAUUUGCUUAAAGUUUAGAGGUAAACCUUCGAUUUGUCUUCACUUGACAUUACAAGAUGUUUUAAGGAUGUGCUAACCACAGGGGAUAAAUAUAAGAGUAAACAAUUGGCAAACAGGAAGAGUAUCCACAUCAUAUUGGAGGGAAGCUAAAUAAAUAUGAUUUUAGUACUGGAAACCUACCUCAGGCACUGAGAAGAUGAAUAUUUAUUUAUGUCUUUGUUCACUUUAGUGUUAUUUUUGAAGGAUAAAUAAAAAUUCAUUUGAGGAGCGCUAUGGGUUUCAUGUUGAUAGAAAAGCUAUUAAUUAAAAGCAGAUAUCACAGAAGAAUGACAAAUGAUAAUUCUUGGCAAACUAGGUUUAGAAUUUACUUAACAAUUUCUUGCUCUUUGAAGGUUAUGGGACAACACCUUGAUGAUCUUCAGUACUGACAAUGGAGGGGUCCCAAAACAUGGUGGAUAUGACUACCCCCUGAGAGGACGUAAGGGCACUCUAUGGGAAGGAGGAAUCAGAGGGGUGGGGUUCGUACAUGGAAAAAUGCUGUCUAGAAGUGGGGUGAAAUCUACUGGGCUGAUUCACGUGACUGACUGGUACCCAACAUUGGUUAAUCUUGCUGGUAAGGACAAGUGCAUGGGUGUGCUUAAUGGAACAACUUACUCUGUGCAAUACAACUGUAAAAGUUUUCACUGCCCCUUGAAUGAAAUAUUUUGGGUGAUGUGCUUUUAAAGAGUAUAUGAAAAAUGGACACUACUUAGACCUCUCAUGGGUUCAUUUGUUGGCUGACUUGAAUUUCAUGAAGAUUGGGAGCCUCCACCCAGGUUCGCAUUUUAAGGAAAAUACAUUUCCACCAAAAGCCUAUUUGAAUCUUUUGAAUUCAUCCUCGCAUGUCUGCUUUCAAGAUAGAAAGUCAAAUGAGGACAAAGCCUGUUACGUCUUCAUGUUGAUAGAACCUCUGUCAGUCCAGACAAUCAAGGGGGAAAUUUUAUUAAUACUUUUAUUAUUGCUAAUAUUAUUGUUUUCUUUGAGCUACAAGCAAGCCUCAUUCACAGCUGUUCUUUGGGAUGUCACGCAGGGGAACUUGAGGGAGAGUUGUGCGACAUUCCAAAGAACCGCUGCAAAGGAGAGUAACUAACAAUAUGUGUUUUAGUAAAGAACGUGAAGUAUUUAAAGUGAAUUACCUAACGUGAAUUACUCAACGUGAAGUACGUGAAGUUACUUUUGCUAUAUUUAGGUGGUCAUCUUAAUCACGAAGAUCAGCCCCUCGACGGUUAUGAUGUUUGGAAAACCAUUUCAAAUGGCGAGGCCUCUCCACGUACAGAGAUCCUUCACAAUAUAGACAUUCCCAUUUUCCCCAAUGAACUCGGUUUUGCGUAUCAAGGCAUUGGUCUUCGUGUAGGAGACAUGAAACUUUUGAUGAAAGUUCCCAAUAUCUCGUACUUCAUCCCUCCGGAAGAGAAGAAUUCUUCUAAAGUGGACUGGCUGACCGACUUGCUACAGGAUGCGAAAGAUGUGAGUGUGAGAUAUUGAGCAUUUAACAAACUGAGCCUACUGCAGGUCCAUUUUUGGUCAACAAUACAGUCAUGUAAUCUAAGAAUCCAAAUCAUACAAUUGAACAGCCACUGUAACUUUAUUAGCAUUUUUUAAGGUUUCCUUGAGCUGAGUCAUAAACCUCUGUAUUUCAUAUGUAAAACUUAUCUUCCAGUGCCUCUUAAUGUGACUGUAUUUUCGAAGUCUAAAUGAUUUGUUGAACUGAAUGACUGAUUUCCUACCUUAUUUCAGUCCUCAGAUGCCACCAUAAAUGUUGCACUGUACAACAUCACUGCUGACCCGUAUGAGAAGAAUGACCUCAGCAAAAAAUGCCCAGAUGAGGUGAAGAAGCUUCUAGAUCGAUUGAAGUAUUACAUGAAGGGUUUAGUGCCGCCUCCUAAUGAGCCACCCGACCCAGAGGCAAGGAGAGUAGCGAUGGAGAAUGACGCUUGGACUCCAUGGAUGUGAAAAGACAAGCAAAUGGAACGACAAAUGCUGAUAAUUAUGCACAUGAUCCUUACUCUGAACACAAUAAUUUUCAGUGCUUGAAGUAGAAGCGAGGCUUGAUUUACAAACAAUCAUGUGAUAAAAGUAAAUUUGCACAAAAUUUGCUCGUGAAAAAAUCUCUUUAUUAUGAAGGAAUAACGAGGGGAAUAAUUUUAAUACAAGGAAUAAUAAUAGGGAAUAAUUAAGGAAUUUCAUUAAGGAUCAAUUUAGAGGUUGGCCCAAGUUUCGUAGAGCAUAGUUUAUUGAUAAGUGUACUUGUAAUUCGGCCAAUAGCACAUAAUACACCAACUCGAAUUGACAAUUUAAAAGAUGAGUUUUCUUUGACUAAGCUUCUUAUGUCAAAUAAAAUAUAACAGUUUUCAAAUUGCUUAAGAAUCCAGCAUUCAGCAAGAGGGACAAAACAAGACUGGAGGAAGGGAAGGGAGGCAAGGAGAAAAUAAAAGAUUAAACCGUUCAUGUAUGGUGCUGUUUUUUGUGAAUUUUCUUACUGAUUGUUUAUUUGUUAAGUUUAACCUCAGAAGAACUAGAGAACAGUUCUGAUGUAAAAUAAACUGUUUAUUGGUCAUGUUUACAGAUCAUUUUUCAUUCAGUCAUGGAUUGGAUUUGAUUACUCGUUAGCCCCAAGUUAUAUUGUUAUGAGUUUGCCUGGUGCUGUAUCUACAAUCACUUAAUUUUAACAAUUUUCCAUUGUCAAAAGUAAUUCGGGAUUGCAUUGCUUCUGUAUUGCUUUGCUCUGAUUGGUUAAGAAAACUUGAUCCCUUCCUUUCACCAAUCAGAUGUAAGACUAGAACUGAAUGGUGACUUAGUCACUCUCAUUUUACCGCGUUUCCAGAGAGACUUAGAGUUUUUGUCAGCCCCUCGUGAUUCACUUUCCAUUUGUUCUGACUGGCUCUCACAAUAACAUCAGUUUUGAUUUUUCGACAAUUGAUCAAAAUGUGCUCUAUUUCAAAGGAUUACAUAUUUACAUAACUUACAGCAAAAUCACAAUUUUACGACUCCAGCACAAAUUACAGAACUAUAGAACUACAAUCCUUGAUUGCAAAGUCAAAUGUGUAAAAGUUGUAAGUUCCAAUUUUCUUUCUAUCUUUAACUUUACAGACUGAUAUCACAGAUUAUACCCUUCACAUAAUAGUUGUAUUGAGACCGAUUACUUAGUAAAUGACAUGCUCUUUUGGUUCAUGUCUAAUCUUUAAUAACAUCUAUAUUAAUGGAGAAAUAAUCCCUCAUCUGAAAGAAGAGUGUUUACUAAAAUUAAUUUCAUAAGGAAUUUUUCAGCUGCAAUUCAUCCCUCUUCAAAAUGAGGGUAGAAAAUAGAAGCCAUGUUCAUCUCUGUGGUUUUUGUUUAACUCACAAGAAAAGUUCUGUCAUCUUUCAGGUUUAAUAAACAACUUGUUAGAGUCUUCUUGGACCUUUCCCUUAGCUUUGAACACCUCUUGAACAGACAAAUAAGUGUUCCUGGUUAUCUCUAGUAGAUAUGUGAACAGUCCCAAAAUAUUUACUGUGGGUGUCAUUUGAGGGUGCCGAUGUGAAAGACAUCAGUGCAGUCUUUCCCAUUCCAGUGACAUUAACCUCAGCUUUAUUCGCACUUACUCUGAGAUUCAAAUAAACUGAGUACCAGCCCCCUAGUUCAAGUAGAAGAUGAAAAAUGACUGGUCCUCAGGGGAAAAAAAAUUUGUGUGAGGAUUUCUUCUGUUCAGCUUCCAGUUCAAACAAAAAUGCAUGUUUCCUGGAAAUAGAAACUCAUAUAUUUACACAUUAAGACAUGGUAACAUUAUUAUAACUCUGUCUUGGAAAAUGGGUCAUCAGUAUAUUAAUAGGAUAAGAAAAGAAAUUUAAAAAAGAUACGAUUCUCAGUACAUUCUUUCUUACAUGAAGGCCUGAAUAUCAAUUAUUACACACCUUGAGUAACAGUACCUCAUUUCAAUACUCUUUUGAAAUCAUCCUUGUUUAGGCUGAUAUUAGACACUUGUAUAAAUGCUGAAAAAGAAAAUUGUUUUCAGAUAACACAGCUAAUACACACUACUAUCAAUUGAGACUUUAGAAUUUUCUUCAGGUCUGUAAAGUUACUGUAACUUUCGGGAAGUGAGUUGUAAUACUAAACAGACAUCCUGUGUUUUAAUUGGCUACCAAAGGGUUUUGUGUAUUUCCUCUGUAUCUUGAUAUUUCCUAUACUGUAGUCUAGACAUUUCCUAUGAUACUGACAAGGAGAAUUUGUUUAACAAUCAAGAGCUUCUUUAGUUGGUGAUCAUUUCCUUUAUUCUCAUGACCUUAAUGAGUGAUUCAGGGGUGAUAUUGUAAUGAGAAAUUAGAUGCUAGUCUCACUUAGGUGUUAGAGGGUUAAGAGAUUUAUUUUGGUAUAUUAACUUUAACAUUCUGUUUCAUUAUUAAUCUUAAGACAAAUAUAUCCCAGUAAAUAUCAACUUAACUUUGAAUUCAACCAAAAACAAGUCUUGGAACAAAUCUUAAAUUCAGAGAUACUUCCUGUUACCAACAGAGUUUCAAAUGGUUGCAACAUUUUAUGGAUAAUCCAGUUUGAUGUUAUGGAAAUGGAAAUGUGACAUUCCUUACACAUUAAUAUGUUUUUACAUCUGUCACCCAGCCUAAGUGACUUGAGUGCCCCCUCCCCCUCCCGGAGGAAAAAAAUUACUAUUGCCACUGCUAUUACUAUCACUCCCCUACAAGAAUCUGAAAAGUGUGGACCCACAGUAGAGAGCUGAUAAUGAUAUCUGGUUAAUUACUUACUAUUUUAUGGCUGAACGUUUACAAGGAGAUAUUACUGCAACAACUCGAUGAAGAAUUGAUAAUUGGGAUUAGUUUUAACUCUUUCAACUAUUUUCCUUCCAAUCUCUUCCUCAGAUGAUAAAGAAAGCAAGAUAAAUCUAUUGAAUUGGACUCCAUAUUACUGAUAUUAGGAUAACGACCCGUUGGAACUUAAGUCCGCUAGAAGUGUUAGCCAACUUUUUACAUACCUUCUACAGUGAUACUUUCUUUCCGUUAACUUAAAUUUCUCCCGACAGCUUCCAUCAGCACAGUGAGUACUUUCUAAACUGUUCACCCAAUGCGCCCAAGACUUUCCGCCUUCGGCGUUGGUUCCUCGUGCUCGUUCAAAAGAUAACUUACCGAGCGACUCAGAUCCUCCCAUUGGGCAUUAAGAGACUUUGAUCCAUAAUAAUUAGAACUUUUGUGAGCCAUGAUGCACUAGGAGAGACAAAGACAGUUGUAACACAGCUAUCUGCGAAGCUUAGAUUAAAUAACGUCAUUUGAAGACUAAAAGGAGAUGGCGUGACAUAGCGUGACAACUCAACCAAUUUUGGUAUUCUUCAGCGACAAUAAUGUCUGCCGUGAGCUUUUUUAUUUUCCUUGCUUCGACGAUUCUCCACAUAUUUGUCACCUCCGCUGCAUCUAGACCUAACAUUUUAUUUGUUUUGGUGGAUGAUCUUGGAUGGAGUGAUGUAGGCUUCCAUGGUUCGAAAAUUCAAACCCCAAAUGUUGACAAGUUAGCUAAAGAAGGAGUAAUUCUGGAUAGUUACUACGUCCAACCAAUUUGCUCUCCAACCAGAGGAGCAUUGAUGUCUGGAAGAUACCCGAUUCACCUUGGUUGGUGUGAUUUCAGUUUGCUGUGGAUUUUUGGCUAGUUUUAACACUAUUGUUCCUAAUCUAAAGCUGGGAGGGCGAUAUUUCCUUCAAUUUCCCAUUACUAUUUUUUGAAAACAUCAUGUGACGACCACCACGCCACUUGCACCCAAGGGCCGGUCUGCAAUAAAUUCACCACCUGCCCAACUUUGUUUCUGCUCAACAAAUGCUGAUUUCAGCUUUCCAACUUGAAACAAACAUAAGUACAUGUAUAUAAAUCCUUGCAUAAAGUGAAUGAUGUGAUAGACAAACCGAAAGUUAAAAAAGGGUCUUUCCAUUGAAAUGUGACAAUAAUCAUGCGCUAUCAUAAAUAUUAAAUUUUCUUUUGGUAUUUACCUAGAUUAGUUAAGUCCUUUGCAGUUUAUAAAUGAAGAUUUAGAUGGAAAUGUAUAUUAGAAACUCUAGAUAUUCUUUCUUACACAGGGAAGUAUGUAAAAUUGAGAGUUGAUAUGUCGUCAUGUAAUUUCUCCUUACUAUGAUUCAUAGAAUCAGUGCAGAUGUAGUUAAGAGAAUUAAUAUUGCAAUAUAGAGGUAGAACAAUUUAUUUCUUUUCAGGAAUGCAACAUGGAAUUGUUCAUACUGGGUGUCCAUUUGGUCUGCCGUUAAAUAUCACUACGCUGCCACAAAAGUUAAAGGAAGUUGGUAAGAAUUUGUUCUGUACUUAUGAAUCCAACCUUCUCUUGAGAGUGUUAUGUUAACAAUUCUGUUCAAAUUUAACUAUAAGUGACCUAAUGAAUUUCAAAUUCAAAAGUGGGUUGUGUUUGAUAUAUAUAAUUGUUAAGUGGUCAAUAAUUCAUUUUAUCCAGUUUAUUCAGAUGGCUUUGCCAACAUAUUUAAUAGGUUGUAGAGUUGUUUGGAAGGUGAGGGGGGUGUAUGACACACUAGCCAAGCUAAUCAGUCGGUGACAAUGCACAAAAAGGCACUUGUUGAAGAAAAAAACUUCUAAACCACAUCAUUUUGCUUAGCAUCAUCCCUUUGAAAUAAUUUGUAUAAAGGUUAACCAAUUUUUUACCUCAACAGAGAAAAUUUAUGUCCCAUAACAUAGAAGUGCUCUGCCUCCAAAAUUUAAAUUGAUGAUGUUUAAAGCCCUUCCCUUCCUCCCUCCCUCCCUGUCUCCCUGCUCUUCUACCUGUUGGCAUAUUUUGUUAAGCAAAUUUCCCAUUAAACACUAAAGGGUUGCUCUUCUUGUUGUUCUUGUUUUAUUUUUAGGAUAUAGCACCCACAUGAUAGGCAAGUGGCAUCUUGGUUUCUACAACUGGGACAGUACUCCUACCUACAGAGGCUUUGAUACCUUUUAUGGAUUUUACAAUGGUGCAGAGGAUCAUUACACGCAUGUCCUUAGUCAUUUUCUUGAUUUCAGAGACAACAAAGAAAUUGUUAGGGAUAUGAAUGAGACAUACUCUAUUAAUGCUUUUACAAAGGUGAAUCAUGUGUGUUUAAAAAGAAUGCUAAAAUGUUUGCAGUCAAAGAUGCUUAAACAUUCAUAAGUUAGAUGAAAAAUUUUCAAGUCUGCUCAACAAAAUCCAUGCAAUUAUUUUGUCAAAUUUGGAUGGGUAGGUGUUUGUUAUGUUGCAUCAGUGAACUUGCAGUAAUCACUGCAUUUCUAUUUAUUUUUGAAAUGUUUGGUUUGAUUGUUUAUUCAUGUGUAAUUUCUGAUUUUCUCUUCACACCAUAGUUGAUUGAUUUAAGAUAAGUGCUACACUCGAGAAAGAAAGAUCAGCAUUUUUUUUAUCUUUAUUAUUAUUAAUUGCCUUUGUUAUUGAUCGACACUUUUUCAGCGAGCUGAGCAUAUUGUCAAAUCACAUGAUGCAUCAAAUGGUCCCCUUUUCCUUUACAUGGCAUUCCAAAAUGUCCACUCUCCAGUCCAAGCUCCUAAGCAACAUGUAAAUAAGUACUCCUUUAUAAACGACACAACAAGACGGACUUAUGCUGGGAUGGUGGAUAUCAUGGAUGAAGCAGUUGGUAAUAUAACAGGUGCUUUUAAAGAGGCAGGGUAUGUGUGUAUAUCCUUGUUCUGUAAAUAGAAAGCAUUUCCAGCCAUAAUUCCCUUGACAAGCAAGGCCCUCAAAGGAGGGAACAUUUGAAUGAUGGCAAGUAUCUGCCAAAGGGGUAUCACUUUCAAGCCCAGAGUUUAUGGGAUGUUACAUGUUAAGGUACUGGAAAGGGUGAGGUAAGUUGUAGUGGAUGUGUUUACAAUGGUCCAGGGAUAGGUUAAACUUGUUCUUGAAAGAAAAACAAACAAAACUUGCUUAAAGUUUUCAAGGCAAACCUUUGAUUUGUCUUUGCUUGAUGUUACAAGAUGUUUUAGGGAUGUGGUAACUACAGGGGAUACCUUUAGGAGUAUACAAAUGGCAGACAGGCAGACUAUCCACCUUAUAUUGGAGGGAAGUUAAAUAAAUAUGAUUUUAGUACUGGAAACCUACCUCAGGUGACGAGAAGAUGAAUAUUUAUUUACAUCUUCAUUCACUUAAGUAUUAUUUUUGGGGGGAUAAAUGAUAAAUUAUGGGUUUGUUGUUAAUAAAAAAGCUAAUGAAGCAGAUAUCACAGAAUGAUGAAAGAAGAAUGAAGAAUGACAAAUGAUAAUUAUAAAGUUAAUUCACAUUUUGUUGGUAUACUAGGUUUUGAAUUUACUUAAUUUCCUGCUCUUUGAAGGUUAUGGGAUAACACCUUAAUGAUCUUCAGUACUGACAAUGGAGGGGUGCCAAAAAAUGGUGGAUAUGACUACCCCCUGAGAGGACGUAAGGACACUCUGUGGGAAGGAGGAAUCAGAGGGGUGGGGUUCGUUCACGGAAAAAUGCUGUCUAGGAGUGGGGUGAAAUCUACUGGGCUGAUUCAUGUGACUGACUGGUACCCAACAUUGGUUAAUCUUGCUGGUAAGGACAAGUGCAGAGCGUGCGUGGGUGUGCUUAUUGGAACAUCUUACUCUGUGCAAUACAACUGUAGAAGUUUUAUCUGCCCCUUGAACGAAAUAUUUCGCGCGAUGUGCUUUGAAAUGGUAGUUUUCUUUGAACUACAAGCCAGUCUGAUUCACAGCCGUUCUUUACGAUGUCACGUAGGGGAACUUGAGGGAGCUUUGUGUGACAUCGAAAAGAACCGCUGAAAUGAGAGUAACUGACAGUGUGCGUUUUAUUUAACUACGCGAAGUAUUGUAUGUGAAUUACCUAACGUGAAUUACUCAACGUGAAGUGACUUUUCCGUAUUUAGGUGGUCAUCUUAAUCACGAAGAUCAGCCCCUCGACGGUUAUGACGUUUGGAAAACCAUUUCAAAUGGCGAGGCCUCUCCACGUACAGAGAUCCUUCACAAUAUAGACAGUCCCUCUUUCCCCGACAAUGAACUCGGUUUUGCGUAUCAAGGCAUUGGUCUUCGUGUAGGAGACAUGAAACUUCUGAUGGGAGUUUCCAAUAUCUCGUACUUCAUCCCUCCGGAAGAGAAGAAUUUUUCUGAAGUGGACUCGCUGACCGACUUGCUACAGGAUUUGAAUGAUGUGAGUGUGAGAUAUUGAGCAUUUAACAAACUGAGCCUGCUACAGGUCCAUUUUUGGUCAAAAAUACAUGUAAUUAUUUAACAGUUCAAAUCGUACAGUUGAACAGCCAGUGUAACUUUAUCAGCAUUUUUUAAGGUUUCCUUGAGCUGAGUCAUAAACCUCUGUAUUUCAUAUGUAAAACUUAUCUUCCAGUGCCUCUUAAUGUGACUGUAUUUUUUGAGUCUGAAUGAUUUGUUGAACUGAAUGACUGAUUUCCUACCUUAUCUUAGCCCCCGGUUCCAACCAUCAAUGUUGCACUGUACAACAUCACCGCUGACCCGUAUGAGAAGAAUGACCUCAGCAAAAAAUGCCCAGAUAAGCUGAAGGAACUUCAAGAUCGAUUGGAGUAUUACAUGAAGGGUUUAGUGCCGCCUGCUAACAAGCCAAGUGACCCAGAGGCAAGGAGAGUAGCGAGGAAGAAAGGGGCUUGGACUCCAUGGAUGUGAAAAGUCAAGCAAAUGGAACGACAAACACUAAUAAUUAUGUACACGAUCCUUACUCUGAACACAAUAAUUUUCAGUGCUCGAAGCAGAAGCGAGGCUUGAUUUACAAACAAUCAUUUGAUAAAAGUAAAUUUGCAUAAAAUUUGUACGUGAAAAAAAUCCCUUUAUUAUUUCACUAAGGAAUUUCAUUAAGGUUCACUUUAGAGGUUGGUCCAAUUUUCGUAGAGCAUAGUCUAUUGAUCAGUGUACUUGUAAUUCGGCCAAUAGCACAUAAAACACCAACUUGAAUUGACAAUUGAAAAGAUGAGUUUUCUUUGACUAAGCUUCUUAUGUCAAAUAAAAUAUAGCAGUUUUCAAAUUGCUUAAGAAUCCAGCAUUCAGCAAGAGAGACAAAACAAGACUGGAGGAAGGGAGGGGGGGGCAAGGAGAAAAUAAACGACUAAACCGUUCAUGUAUGGUGCUGUUUUUUUGUGAAUUUUCUUACUGAUUGUUUAUUGGUUAAUUUAACCUCAGAAGAACUAGAGAACAGUUUUGAUGUAAAAUAAACUGUUUAUUGGUCAUGUUUACAGAUCAUUUUUCAUUCAGUCAUGGAUUGGAUUCGAUGACUCGUCAAC